GCAGUAAUGAUCGCUGACGUCUGUACGCAUGCGCAGUGGCACUUCACACAACCGCAAUAAGCAAACAUGGCGGCGGCCGUCGACAGUGUUGUGAAAGUGCUGGGAGAGCAGUAUUACAGGGAUGCCAUGGAGCAGUGUCAUAGUUACAAUGCUCGUUUGUGCGCUGAGCGCAGCAUCCUCAUGCCUUUCCUGGACUCUCAGACCGGUGUAGCCCAGUCCAAUUGUUACAUCUGGAUGGAGAAGAGACACCGGAGUGCAGGUGUCGCUCCGGGGCAGCUGUACACUUACCCAGCCCGUCGCUGGAGGAAGAAACGCCGUUCUCAUCCCCCUGAGGACCCUCGCUUGGCCUUCCCCCCUCUCAAAGCAGGUACCGCUUUUGAUGGAAAAACUUGCCUCCCAUCACAAAAACAGUCAACAGAUUUGGAGCUGGGUCUGAAGCGUGAUGCGUUGGGGGCGGUGGAUGGCAGCAGUCUGGAGGCCCUUCUGAAGGGGGAGCCCCUCGAUAGGAGGAGCGGAGUGUCGGACAUCCGCGGCCCUGAGGAUGACUCGGCAACUGUGGAGCCUCCUGCCACCUCCGCGACCACUCACACAUCCUCUGGGCGUGUACGCAAGCGAGUCCUUGACCACGACGACUACUUGGACGACCUUGAUGAUGAAGACUUUGAGGACGAGACCCCGAAGAGAAGAGGCAAGAGCAAGUCCAAGAGUCGCAGUGACAAGAAUGGCAAGAAAAAACAGGAGGCUGCAGCUGCAGCGCUGGAGGAGAGGGACAAACCGUACGCCUGCGACAUUUGUGGGAAGCGCUACAAGAACCGUCCUGGCCUGAGCUACCACUAUACACACUCUCACCUGGCCGAGGAGGAGGGCGAGGACCGCGAGGAGAUCGAGGCACCACCAACUCCUCGCCAGCCUGAGGAGCAGAAGACAACUAAAAAGGGUCCCAAUGGGCUGGCUCUGCCCAACGACUACUGUGACUUCUGUCUGGGAGACUCCACUUUAAACCAGAAGACUGGCCAAUCGGAAGAGCUGGUGUCCUGCUCAGACUGUGGACGCUCAGGCCACCCAACAUGCCUGCAGUUCACACCGGUGAUGAUGGCUGCAGUGAAGACCUACCGCUGGCAGUGCAUCGAGUGCAAGUGCUGCAAUGUUUGCGGCACCUCAGAGAAUGACGACCAGCUGCUGUUCUGUGAUGACUGUGACCGAGGUUACCACAUGUACUGUCUAAGUCCUCCCAUGACUGAACCACCGGAGGGGAGCUGGAGCUGCCACCUGUGCCUGGUUCUGCUGAAAGAUAAAGCCUCCAUAUACCAGCAGAACCAGAGCUCCACCCCCGAGUGACAUAUCAACAAGUCCUGCCCCCGAUGGAAAUGUCAGACCUCCUCUCAGUCCGGAGCUCCAGGAUAUGUCCAGAUGUAGCUGAGCCCGAUCGCAGAUCAGCUUUAGAAGUCUUAAUAACUACAGUGUCAGUGGGGGGGGGAUCAGUCAACACGGGGAUCAAACUAUCACUACCAAUCUGCCUGCAGAGCCCUGAGGCUUUCCGUCAAACACAUACAUAUUGUGCGUAUAUACAGUAUAGACACACACUCUCUCUUGGACUGUUACACACACACUAGAUACAGAGACAGAGAGCAUGCAGUAACCAUAGUAACUGCUGUCUCCAUGGAAGCUCCCAGGAGCAAGCGGAUUAGCAUCACAGCUAAUUAUCGUCACCCUUUCACACUCAAAGACACGGUAUGGACUGUCGACAACACAUUUUCUUUUUUCUGCCAAAUUAUCUAUUUUUUACUCCCUUUAAUGUGGGAGAAAGGAAAAAAAAUCACCAUAUAUACGGUUGAGGAAUAUUAUUAUUAUUAUUAUUAUUAUUACUAUUGUUAUUGUUCUGGUUACUAGUGGACUUUUGUAGUGGCAUUUGUGUGUGUACUUUUGUCUGAACCGUCGGAGCGUCAAUCUUUUUAAGAGGUUUCCCUGAGAGGAGCCGGUCAGUGCCAAGGUCCACCAUCAUAUGAAAUACACACAACAAUGACCCAUGGAUCGUAUCAUAAUCCCUUCAACCAUCUUUGUUUCAUUUUAAAUCAGUGGGACAAAGAUGGUAACAAAAAGUCUUAAUUUUGUUUGCCAACAAAAAAACUUUGGCUGACUCGUUAAGCUGUUAGCACAAAGUCUUUGGCCUUGCUACUUCAGGGUUGCACCAAAAACAACUUCUCAUCUCUGAUUCUGUUACUGGAUUGAUCAGUUACUUUCACCAAACACUAUACAACAGAGCAUAUAGGCUACUAUAAGUUGAACAUUUAGUGUAAUGCCGGUCUUAUUUUGAAAAACCUGACUGCCAGAUAAUGCUGUUCUUAUCUGGGGAAACUGACCAAUACAUAUACAACAAGUCAUCAUAACGGUGCAUCCUUUUCUCUAAGAUGUUUUGUGCUUUUUAGAAACAGUUUGGCAGUAACGUCACCCUUCAUAAUUCAUUUUUAAACCGCUGCUGUCAAACCGAUGACACACAGAAUAAUUUACAAACUGUAGCUGCUUUUAUCGUUUGUCACACGGAGGCAGAUUUGCAUGCAGAUUGCACCUGUAUGAAUGCACACACUCACACCACAAGUGUUUGUUUCUUUUGUUGUAUUGUUUUUCUUGUCUUUUUUUUUUACAUUUUAUAUUACCUGAUAUUCCAUUGGUACUGGGAGUUUUUUCUAGUAGAAUUUUGUAAAGUCUAUGGUAUAGCAAACACUUCAAGUAUAUAGCUCCUAAUGCAUUCUAUGUACUGUAUUGACUUUUUCUAUUUUUGUUAUGACUGUGACAUGUUUGAAUUUAUUUGAUUAUUCUGCUAUGUCAGACCUCCAUUAUGAGUAUUUGUAAAAUGAUGUACUUUGUUGUACUAUUUUUAUUUUUACAUUUCUUUGGUAUCAAAGCCGAUUUAGCCUGACUGAAAUAAAAAUCACUUUGAAUUACG